AUGAAUAAAGAUGUGAUUUUGCUGGUUGUAGAAUGGGACAAGUACCUCAGAAAUGUUAAUGAUUUUGGAGAGACACAACUUGCUGCAGAAACUCUUGCAUGCGGAAGCGAGAACAAAUCAUCUUUGCUAUUCGCGUCAUCUCUCUUAAUGUUUACAUUUUACAAAGCAAUCAUUUCAGCAUCAUAUUGGCUUGAGCUUGACAGAGGCUUACCACAAGAGUCAGUGAAAAUUGAAAGGUGGCCAGGAGAAGACUGGUUUAGAUUUAGCUUGACCAGAAGAGAGACGAAAAAUAUUGGAGACGUUAGUGAAAAUUCGUAA